GGAAUUUCCAGGAGUGGCACAAGAGCUGGGAAGUCCCUCAUAGGAGUAUAAAACAACAGCAGGCCACUGAGCACUUACACUCAGAAACACUUUCAUCAUGACGUUGACAGUGUUUGCUUUGCUGGCUUUCACCCUCAGCAUCCUUCUAACAGUCCAUGUCGUGGAAAGCCAAUAUAUUCCAAAGACCUGUCAGUGUCCACAGGUCAAACAAAGCGUCAAGGGACCAUUUUCAGAUUUUAAAGUCAGUCUGAAAGGACCUAACUGUUUACAGGAUGAGAUCAUAGUCACACAGCAGAAGAAUAAUAGUCCCGUGUGUCUCAGUCCAGAUGGUCCCCAAGGCAAAAGACUGCUGCAAUGUUGGCAACGUACGCCAAAUGGCAAGGACCGCAAAAAAUGCAUUCACCGACAAAAGCAAAAGCCAAGGCAAAGAAACAGGAAGCAGGUUAAAUCCAGGAAGGUCAAGUCUUAAACUCAAAUACUAAAGACACUGAGGCAAAGAACGUAAGAGAUCCACAGGAGAGAAAACUCUACAAAUCUUGUGCAAAGUGGUUUAGGACUGCUGUACAUUCAUAUGCACUAAACAAGCCAAGGACAUAAGAAAAGGCUGAAUUCAGAGGAAUGCACAUGUGUAUGGAGGCCAAAGGACAGCAUACAAUGAAGACAUGUUACAAC